GUUGCUGUGGCCCGGAGGAAGGGAGCGCCUGGGUCUGGGAUUGGAAGGAGGGCCUGCUGGGUUGCACGGAUUGGGGUCCACAGAGGUUGGCUUAGGAGCCUCAAAGGAUAGAGUGAUCCUUAUCCUUAUUCCAUUAUGAAUACGUAGACAGCUAACAGGAGGUAGUGGGAUCCAGACUGAAACCCAGACGGGUCAGCUCGGCCAGGGAUCACCACAGAUAACGGCAGCCUGGGGGACAGGCAGGAGCAGCCCAUUUCAGGAACGAUGGCCAGUGAGUUGGGUCCUCAGCCUAGACGGGCUAUCGAGAUCAGGGGCCGGUUCUAUGGUAAUUAAACAUCCCGCGGAGCUCAUCCUCCAGGGUAGCAGCCUGAGCGGGUGUGAAGGCCCAGGAGCAGGGUCCUCUGUCUACAGAGGAGACUGACCUAGUUCCCUGGCUGGGGAAGGGCGAUGCCAAGUCUGGAGUGCAUUUCUCUGAGGCUGAGAGGAGAGCUAAAGAAGAGGUGCCCAGAGUGGGCAGCCAGUGAGCUGGUGAGCCAGUCGUCAAGAGAAACAUCCACUGGACACAGCUGGGAGCUCCACCGGGCGGUCAGAUAUUUAGAUUGUCAGCUGGAAACAAUUGAUAUCUUCCAGACAAUUGAAGAGAGAGCCAGAGAGUCAGUCAGACGUGCUGUUGGCCAGGGACAAACAGGCAGCCCAGUCUCCCUUUAGGGACAUUCGAGUGGUUGCAAAUAGGCAGGCAACCUGUUUCCUGGAGAUGGUCAGGCAGUCAGCCGGACCUUCUGAAGGAUUCUGAGACAGCGCAAGGGUCGGUGGGGGCAUCGUGUGGCCAGUAGGCUGGAGGUUGUGUGAGGAAGCAGAGAUGUGUAGCUGACAGGUCACAAAGUUUGCAGACAGUGUCAGGUGGUCAGUCUAACCCAUACACACAGCCCAGCCAGUUGUGGGGUCGGCCAGACCGUCAGGGACAGCUGGCGGGAAAGUCAGAUGGCCAGCCAGUCAGGGUGGCGGCUGGAGGCUGGCAGGAGGUUGUCCUGAGCAGUCCACACAUUGGGUGGUCAGUCAUUUGGGCAGUCUGAUUGUCAGGACCGUGAACCAGGGACAGCAUAGGGAGCCAUUUGGACUUUUCUCAGGGCCCUGGAAGUCUUGUGUGGCUGCAUAGUAUUGGCCUGUCAGGAGACCCCCAGAUGGUCAGUGCCCCAGAGACGGCCAAACCCUUAGACACCCAGCCUCAAAUCCUCCCAGUUGAGUGGCCUAAUGGCGGCCUCCCAGCUGGCAGCACUGGAAGGAGUGGAGUCAGAGGCUAGGGCAGAGGCUGGGGGGCUGCCCCUGACCGAGACCAGCCCUGGCUUGCUGUAUUCCGAGGGCCAGCGUCUGGCGCUUGAGGCCCUGCUGAGCAAGGGCACAGAGGCAUUCGAGGCCUGCGUGAAGCGCGAGGAGCUGCAGCCCUUCCUGAGUGGGGAUGAGCUCCGGAGCCUGGCAGCGGCGGCUGAGGACUGGACAGCAGCCAAGCAGGAGCCCGGCAGGACAGCAGAGGGAGCCACUGUCACCAGUGGGGACUCUGGCAGCCUGACCUACUGGCCCGGACAGUCAGAGGAGCCAGUGCCCAUGCUCCGGCUGGGCUGGCCAGAAGACAAGGGCUGGAAGGGCGUCACCCGGGUGCAGCUGUACACCCACCCACCUGGUGAAGGCCGCCCGCCCCUCAAGGAGCUGGUGCGCCAGGAAAUCCAGGCUGCCUGCAAGCUGGUGGCUAUCGUCAUGGACAUCUUUACUGACCCAGACCUGCUUUUGGACCUGGUGGCCACUGCCACACGCCGCUGGGUGCCUGUCUACCUGCUCCUGGACCGCCAGCAGCUGCCUCCCUUCCUGACGCUGGCUCAGCAGCUGGGAGUGAACCCCUGGGCCACUGAGAACCUGGACAUCCGCGUUGUGCAGGGCUGUAGUUUCCAGAGCCGCUGGCGACGGCAGGUGAGCGGCAGCGUGCGGGAGAAGUUUGUGCUGCUGGACGGGGAGAGGGUCAUCUCAGGAUCCUACAGCUUCACGUGGAGCGACUCACGCCUGCACCGCGGCCUGGUGACCCUGCUGACCGGUGAGAUUGCUGACGCCUUCAGCCGUGAGUUCCGGACACUGUACGCGGCGUCCAGGCCACUCCCACCUGCGCCUACCCAGAGACCCUUCACCAGCACCCUGGGGGGGCUGCAGCUGGCCCAUAGCCCACACCGUGUGGCCCAUCGCUGCUCUGUGGCCCCCAUGUCACCACCGCUGCCCGAUGUGUCACCGCUGGCUCAACGCCUGGCUGCCUGCCGAGUCUUCCAGGGGGACAGGCAGGAGACCUCGGCUAUCCCAGGGCCUGCACUUAGCGACAUCCUGAGGAGCGUCCAGCGCGCCCGUACCCCCAGCGGCCCUCCAGCCCGGCCCAGCCGCUCCUUAUGGGACCUAAGCCGCCUGUCCCAGCUGUCAGGCUCCAGUGAUGGUGACAAUGAGCUCAAGAAGUCCUGGGGCUCCAAGGACACGCCAGCCAAAGCCCUGAUGAAGCAGCGGGGUUCUGGGGGGGCCCCCAAGGGUGAGACGGACUCCCGUCCGCUGGCCAGGUCCCAGCUGUUGCGUGGCCCCGUGCCCCUCAUCCCUGCCCGCCAUCUCCGCUAUCUGUCUCCCACCCAAAGGAGAUUUGGUGAGAAUGCUGCAGCCAAACCCCUGGAACCCAGAGGCAGCCGGCAGCCAGACUGGGCCACCCGGGCAGGACUCAGGGGGCGACCCUGACAGGAGCUAAAGCCAAACUGGGCUGGCCUGUCUGUCCGUCCAAGGAGAGUUGGAGUUGGAUUCGGUCAUCUUGAAGCCCCCGCCUGUCUGCUGAACCUCUGGCCUCAGUGACUGGGAAGCAGAAGGGAUUUUUCCCCUCACUUAUUCUAGAACUUGGGCAAGCGCCAUGCCCACUCUAGACCUCAGCAUCACAGUCUAGAAAAUGGGUAGAAUGUCUGGACGAGCUGGGGUCCUAGAACAGUGCACAUCCGGUUCCGGCUGCAUCAGAACCUCUCUGAGGGGAGGCCUGGCUGAGUGGCCCCCAUUGCUGGAUUGUGUGCGGUGAACAUGGGGAAUCCUUGGGACAAAAGGAGGAGCUUCUUGACCCACCUGCUCAGGAGUGUGGGUAAACAGAGCUUGGCCAAGGGGAGGAAGGAGGGAGAGACGCUAAUCUGGGGAGCAGAGCUGAAUCGUGAGGGUCUGGAGAUCCGUGGGGACACACCUGCUGGAAAAUGACUCAGAGCCAUGGAGAGGGACCCAGCAGGGUACUGGGACUGUUUUGUGGGUGCUAAGGGGUGAGUUGUUGGGGCUCCCUUUUACCUCUACUCAGAAUAAAGCCGCUUCAUGCCAAAAACU